AUGGCUGCCCUAGUUGGCUCCCGCGCCUUUCUGCGGACCACCCGCUCGGUCGCUGGCCCGGCCAAACUGGCGGCUGCCUUUCGCCAACCCACCGCCCUGACGGCCUCUUCCUCCUUUGCCGUCCGUCGUUUUGCGUCGUCCAGCAGCAGCGACGACGCGUCUCUCCGCAAGACAGCCCUCUACGACCUGCACAUCCAGCACGGCGGCAAGAUGGUCCCCUUUGGCGGCUUUCACAUGCCCGUCCAGUACGCGGGCCUCUCCGUCAGCGCCUCCCACCACUUCACCCGCGAAAAGGCGUCCCUCUUUGACGUCGGCCACAUGGUCCAGCGCCACUUUACGGGUCCCGGCGCCGCUGCGUUCCUGGAAGCCCUGACCCCGUCGGGCAUCGAGGCGCUCGCGGUCCACCGCAGCACGCUCAGCACGUUUUUGUGGGCCAACGCCAGCGGCGGCAUCGUCGACGACACCGUCAUCACGCGGCUCGGGCCGCAGCACUUUUACGUGGUCACCAACGCCGCCUGCCGCGACAAGGACGACGCCUACCUGGCGCACUGGCUCGCCGACGAGGCGCUCCAGAGCCGCCUGCCGGGGGCCGUCCAGCACGAAGAGCUGGCGGGCUGGGGCCUCGUGGCGCUGCAGGGCCCCCUGGCCAAGGACAUUCUGGCCGCGCGCCUGGCCGACGGCGCGGCCGCCGACCUGCCCGGCCUGCUCUUUGGCAGCUCCGUCUUUGCGCGCCUGACACUGGCCGGCGGCGAGCUGUCGAGCCCGCUGCUCAUCAGCCGCGCCGGCUACACCGGCGAGGACGGCUUUGAGAUUUCCAUCCCCCCGGAGGAGACGGUCGGCGUGACCGAGGCGCUGCUGGCCGCCGGCACGCCUGAGCGCCUGCAGUUUGCCGGCCUGGGCGCCCGCGACAGCCUGCGCCUCGAGGCCGGCAUGUGCCUCUACGGCCACGACCUGGACGACACCACGAGCCCCGUCGAGGCCGGCCUGUCGUGGAUCAUUCCCAAGGCGCGCCGCAACGGCUACUCCUUCAACGGCGCCGAGACCAUCCUGGAGCAGCUGCGGCCCAAGUCGCAGGGCGGUGCGGGCGUGACGCGGCGGCGCGUCGGCCUGGUCGUGGACGGUGCGCCCGCGCGCGAGGGCGCGGAGAUUGUCGAGGCGGGCGAGUCGGGCGCCGUGGUUGGUCGUAUCACGAGCGGCUGCCCGAGCCCAACGCUGGGCAAAAACAUUGCCAUGGGCUACAUCAAGGACGGGCUGCACAAGUCCGGUACGGAGGUGGGUGUGGUGGUGCGCGGCAAGACGCGGCGCGCUGUUGUGACCAAGAUGCCGUUCGUGCCGACCAAGUACUGGAAGGGCGAGUAA